CAACAAAUAAAACCUUCAAAAGGACACAAAAAUAAGCUUACAUAGUAACAGUACUCAUAUUCCGAUCUACGUUUAUUUUAAUCAGUCCAGUUUUAUUAUCGAUAUAUUUCAACAUGAGCACUCCCGCGUCCACUCAAACACGUUUGUCCGAAGCGCACACUACAAUUUUCGACGAGGGGCUUAAAAUACGAUAUCAAGUUGCAGGCAAGGAAUACGUCGACCGUUCGCUCCAAAAUGGGUCCUCGGACUUUGCGCGACCAAUGCAAGAGCUGGUCACAGAGGCAUGUUGGGGCUCAGUGUGGGCACGUCCUGGGUUGGAGAAGAAGCAGCGGUCUCUCCUGAAUAUUGCGAUGCUUUGCGCACUGAAUCGCGGUACAGAACUGGCGGUGCAUGUGAGAGGUGCUGUCAAUAAUGGCGCAAGUGAAGUGGAGAUCCGGGAAACUUUGUUACAGGCUGCUAUCUAUUGUGGGAUGCCCGCAGGAAUCGAGGGUUUCAAGGUUGCGGAGAAGGUCAUCACGGAUAUGAAGAAUGAGAAGAAGUAG